CUGUUGUUCCAGUUAUGAUCUUAUUGGCAGUUGAUAACGGCUACUACAUUACAAGUACAAAAAAUUCAGAAUUUUGCUUCAUUGGUAAAAUGGUACCAUUGCUGGCAGCGUUCUUGUCACCCAUUUUCCUCAUCAUCAUCAUUAAUACAAUUGUGUUCAUAAUUGUCAUUCGAACUACUCUUAAAAAUGCCAUUAAUAGAAAAAAGCGGAUGAGCAAUUCUUCUCUCUCUGUAUCAGAAGUACUAAAGAUGUUAUUGUCUUUUACUGGUAUUAUGAUCCUCUUUGGUUUAACUUGGGUAUCUGCUGCCUUCACUUUCAUAUCUGAGCCUAGUGUAUCUCAUACAGUCCAGUUUAUAUUUGCAUUUUGUAAUGCAUUUCAAGGAUUUUUCAUUUUUAUAUUUUUUAUUUUGCUCAAUAAGGAAUAUAGGAAACUCUGGAAGGCUCGUUUUGUUCAGUGUUUCCCUAGGGCUACAAUUCACAGUUACUACAAGUCUGGACACAGUACCAAGAGCAAGUCAAAAAAUGAAAAUAAUCAUGCUAUUUCAAAUCAUGUAUCCCUUAAUGAUAGAAACAAAGAGAAGAUGAAAGAUACUUCACUGUAAACAGAAAGAUUUUUGUAAUUAAUAGUAGCUUGAUAUAAUAGACAGUUGAGUUUAGUGUGUGCUUUUUUAUUUGCCUUAUUAGCUGACAGUUCAUUAUUAUUAAAUAUGAUGAGAGAGAUGUGAAUAUGAAUCUCAAUCAUCUCAUCUUCUUUCAUGAGCUCCUAGAGACAUGUUUUGUGUGAGAAAUUUGUGUAAUUCUGGU